AAAUAAGGCAAUUCUAUUUUAUUUUUUAAAAAAAAGAAAGACAAGAUCCAUUUGGUAAUCCAUCCAUCUUCUCUCUGUUUUUUUUCUGUUAAAAGGGCGGAAAGCACGCGACGCGACCAUCUGUUUCUGUUCCAUCUCCUCCUCCUCAUCUUCAUCUUCCAUCUCCAAGUCCAUCUCGUGCCGUGCAGCCGUGCAGCAGCCCAAGGGUCAGGCAGGGUGUGGUGGCCUGCCUUCCUGCCGGGCCGUGGUUUGGACACCCAAACCCUAGCAGCCUCUGACAAAGUGACAAUGGCGCACCACCAGCCGCCCCCCGCCGCCGCCGACGACCCCAUCGUCGACCGCGACGUCUGGCUCGCCUGCGCCAUCCCGCUCUCCCGCCUCCCCGUCGUCGGCGCCCAGGUCUACUACUUCCCCCACGGCCACGCCGAGCAGUGCCCCGACCACCUGCCGGCGCCGCUCCCCACGCCGCACCUCUUCCCCUGCACCGUCACCGCCGUCGGACUCGGCGCCGACGACAAGACCAACGAGGUGUUCGCCCAAAUCUCCCUCCAGCCGGGCCCCCACCGCGGGCCCCCGCCGCCCGCGCCCGACGCCGCCGACCUCAACCUCAGCUUCUUCGCCAAGCAGCUCACGCAGAGCGACGCCAACAACGGCGGCGGCUUCUCCGUCCCGCGCCACUGCGCCGACCACAUCUUCCCCAAGCUCCGCUUCGAGGACGAUCCGCCCGUGCAGAAUCUCGUCAUGCGGGACCCCGUCGGCGACCACUGGCAGUUCCGUCACAUCUACCGCGGCACGCCGCGCCGCCACCUGCUCACCACCGGCUGGAGCAAGUUCGUCAACGCCAAGCUUCUCGUCGCAGGGGACACCGUCGUCUUCAUGCGCCGCCCCGACGGCGAGCUCCUCAUCGGCCUGCGCCGCGCACCCAGGUACCCCGUCGUCGCCAGGGCCGCCGACCAGCCGCCGCCGUGCAACGCGCGCGCGAGGGUGCCGCCCGGGGACGUCAUGGAGGCGGCGCGCCUCGCCGCGGAGGGCAGCCCAUUCACCGUCAACUACUUCCCGCGCCAGGGCGCCGCCGAGUUCGUCGUGCCGCGAAAGGAGGUGGAGGACGCGCUCGCCAGCCGCUGGGAGCCAGGCACGCAGGUGCGCAUGCAGGUCAUGGAGGCCGAGGACGCGCGCCGCACCGAGUGGGCCAACGGCACCCUCAACAAGCUCCACCCAAACAUAUGGCGAGCGCUCGAGAUUGACUGGGAUGACUCCUCGCCAUUCUCACUAACCAGGAGCAGAUAUGUAAAUGCUUGGCAAGUCCAGUUUGUUUCAUUUCCUCCUCUUCUGAAGAGGCUGAGGAUUUCUGACACAAUGGCACCUCUGUGCUCUGGAGAUGUCUCUUCCUUGGCUGCUCCACUGAUCGGACCGGAAAGCCAGGCCAUGGCUAUACUGUUGGGUUCACCAAUUCCUGCUGGCAUGCAGGGAGCCAGGCAUGAUGUACCACCCUCUUCAUCAACUCUGGGAAUGCUCACAACUCAGCUGCUGUUCCCCCAGCUUAGCAGCGACCUUCAGAUGCCACCGAGCGUGAAUAGCGGUGGCUCCUCUGAGAUUUUGGAUCCUGAAACUGGUUCUCCUCCCAACAACUCUGUUAACAUGCCUCCAGCUGAGCUUCCUGUUGAAGCGAAGGGCAUACAACUCUUCGGCGCCACAAUCAAUCCGCAUGUUGUGCAACGUGCUACAAAUGGCGCUUCCGAAGAAGUGAAUGGAGCUAUUAAUGGUGUGGUUGAUGAAAAUGUUGGAAAAGAUCUGUAAGCCGUGGCAGCUGUACUUGAAGAUGGUUGGAUGAGAUCUCACUACCUCUGCAUUUGCAUUUCUUCUGCGGCGUGAUUCCUGCCAAGUGUCUUUGUGGUGGUUGCAGUUUAUCAGUGAGUAGCCUUAUUAGUAGGCUGGGUCAUUCAACCCCAGCGACCCUAGUUAUUUUCUGCUAGCUGAUAGCUUUGCUAGAGAUGAAGAGAAGCAUGAGUGGCUUUAUUAGUUUAAAAAAAAAAUGUUCAACACCUUUGGUACUUGCAGCAGAGGUGCGUGAAUUGCAUUCUCCGCUCCAUUUAGAGAUUAGUUUGUUGGACUAAUGCCAGUUGGGUUGGUUCUGGUAGACUGGUCUGGUGAUCUGCUCUGCUCUUGUACUGUGGAACUAUACAUGUUUGGUUUUGGUAUGGAUCAUUGGUCGCUUACUAUGCCUUCAAUCGUGUGGCGAUCGUUGUAUGUUUGGUCUGUCGAUUAUUGUGGUAUCUUUGACA